UUACAAAUACUGAUUAAAAAUAUUAUCAUUUAAAAAAUGGCAUCAUUUAAUAUUUAUAAAAUAUAUCCAAUUGUGAUAAACAUUGUUUUGUGUUGUUUUUAUUCAGGCGCUGAAGGUGGUCGAAUAAAAAGAUUAGUUGGUGGCGAAGAUACUAAUCUUCAGGAGACAUACUAUCAAGCUUCUUUGCAAUUCAAUGGAAUGCAUAUUUGUGGAGGAACUAUCAUAACUUCUAAGCACAUUUUAACUGCAGCUCAUUGUGUUGCUGAAUUAUUCGAACCACCUUUCGAUGAACUAGAAGUCGCAAUUGGUACAUUGUCUUUAAAAAAAGGAGAUCGUUAUGGAGUCUUUAACAUCUCUUGGCAUCCAGAUUUUGAAAGUGGAGAACAUGAAGUGUAUAAUGAUGUUGCUGUAUUAACGCUAAAGAAUGAAAUCAAUGUGACUUCAGAACAGAAGCCAGUUCGUUUACCAAAUUUUCCAGCACCUGAUAAUGCUGUUGCUGUAAUCAGUGGAUGGGGCUGGACUUCAUCUAAUAAUCCCUAUUCAGCUCCAGUUUUAAAAAAAGCUACAGUUAUUACGAUGAAUAAUAAAGAGUGUCAGCAAUUUUACAAAGUUAAGAUUGAAAAUAGCCAAAUAUGUGCUCGAGCUGAGAGUAAUGAUGUUGGAAUUUGUAAAGGUGAUAGUGGAGGUCCAUUAGUUGUAGAAGAUACGAUUAUUGGCAUUUCGUCAUGGACUUUAAGUAUUCCAUCUUCAAACAUUUUCUGUAAUACUGGAGCUCCGGAUGUUUAUACAGAUGUGUAUUAUUUUAUGAAAUUCAUUAAGUCGAUAAUUCAUGGUCAUUGAUAAAGUAAUUUUCAUAAUUUCUUGAAAUUAUUCACUGAUAUAUGCUGUUACUGAUGAAUAGUAAAUAUUUAUUAUCAAUUUAAAUAUUCUGUUAUGUAUGAAAAAUACUUGAAUGAUGUAAUGAAUGUAAAAAAUUUUUUAUAAAACGUUUAGUGAUGCAAUUAUUAAUGCAUAUAUACAUUUCUUCAAUUCUCAAGGAGUCUGAUAUUAUUGGUCACUGUUGUAACUCAUAAAUUUUUAUAUUUAUAAAAAAAAUAUAUAUGAUAUAUUUCAUUUACACAGGUUUCUGUUUAUUUCACUAAUUUUAUUAAAAGUAUUAUAAACGUUAUCUUAUUAUCCAACAGCUAUGAAAUAGUAAUUGAUUAUUUACUCUCUUUCUACUGCAGUUCUAGAUUAAAUAAUUAAAUAUUUUCUAUUCAUUCAACAUGUUUGGAGGUUGAAAAAGUCCAAGCAUUCCAUAAACCUAAAAUUUAAUUAUUAAUUUGUUAUUAACAUAAAAUUUGGUAAAGAAUAACAAUAUUUUUCACCUUUGUCGCUCGAUCUUUAAAACAUUGAACCAUUUGAUAUGCAUUUGUACAUGAGUCAUCACUUAGGGAGGAUUGCCCUGUUAAAACAUUCUUUUUGUUUUAUAUUCAAAUAAAGUGAGUUGUUAACUAAUGAAA